AUGGCGCAAGACGCGGAAAACAAGAAAUAUGCAGUUGAUGAUGUUCCCUUCUCAAUACCUGCUGCCUCUGAAAUUGCUGACCUCAGUAACAUUAUCAAUAAGUUGUUGGAGGGCAAAAAUGAAUUCCACAAACAUGUGGAGUUUGAUUUCCUUAUCAAGGGCCAGUUUCUGCGAAUGCCUUUGGUCAAACACAUGGAAUUGGAGAAUAUCUCAUCGGAAGAAGUCGUGGAGCUGGAGUAUGUUGAGAAGUACACUGCACCUCAGCCAGAGCAGUGCAUGCUCCACGAUGACUGGAUCAGUUCAGUGCAAGGAGCAGAGGAAUGGAUCUUGACUGGUUCUUAUGAUAAGACUUCACGAAUUUGGUCCUUGGAAGGAAAGUCGAUCAUGACAAUUGCAGGACAUACCGAUGUUGUAAAAGAUGUGGCCUGGGUGAAAAAAGACGGUUUGUCAUGCUUAUUACUGAGUGCUUCUAUGGAUCAGACCAUUCUCCUAUGGGAGUGGAAUGUGGAGAGAAACAAAGUGAAAGCCCUGCACUGCUGCAGGGGUCACGCGGGAAGUGUGGAGUCCAUCGCUGUGGACAGCUCAGGCACUAAAUUUUGCAGUGGCUCUUGGGAUAAGAUGCUAAAGAUCUGGUCAACAGUCCCUACAGAUGAAGAAGACGAAGUGGAAGAAUCUACAAAUCGACCAAGGAAAAAGCAAAAAACAGAGCAGUUGGGAUUAACAAGGACUCCCAUUGUGACUCUGUCCGGCCACAAAGAAGCAAUAUCCUCAGUUCUGUGGUCAGAUACUGAAGAAAUCUGCAGUGCUUCUUGGGAUCAUACAAUUAGAGUAUGGGAUGUUGAGUCUGGCAGUCUUAAGUCAACUUUGACAGGAAAUAAAGUAUUUAAUUGUAUUUCCUAUUCUCCACUUUGUAAACGUUUAGCUUCUGGAAGCACAGAUAGGCAUAUAAGACUGUGGGAUCCCCGAACUAAAGAUGGUGCUUUGGUGUCACUGUCCCUAACUUCACAUACUGGAUGGGUCACAUCAGUAAAGUGGUCUCCCACUCAUGAGCAGCAGCUGAUUUCCGGUUCUUUAGACAAUAUGGUCAAGCUAUGGGAUAUAAGAAGUUGUAAGGCUUCUCUUUAUGACCUGGCUGCUCAUGAAGACAAAGUGUUGAGUGUUGACUGGACAGACACAGGACUACUUCUGAGUGGUGGAGCAGACAAUAAAUUGUAUUCCUACAGAUAUUCACCUACCACUUCCCACGUGGGAGCAUGAACAUGAAUGAUGAUCUGUUUAGAAGUGACUUCCUU